CUCGGCAUGUACUGGGACCCGCUCGCAAUGCAGCAGCAGUCCUCAUGGAGGGAGACGAACUGGGGCAGCGUUGACCGGAAUGGGAGGAGCUGCAGAACUUACAAGGAUGAGACUACCAUGUUGUCAAUGUGAAAUAGGUGAGUUUCGAGUUCGACGUCUCCGCUCCGUGGAUCACGCAACAGACGAAUGACGAUCUCCCAGGGAAACAAAGCUCCUUCAAGACCUAAAAACUCACUUUUGACUUGCGCUGUGCUCGUAUCAAGCUGUACCAGAUACGGGAAGAUCUGGCAGUGCUGAAGCUGAAGGCAUAUGAUAUCUCUGCGGGACCUGAAGAGGUCUACGAGGCUUCACCGGUCUACGAGGCUUCACCGACAUUCUGUCCACAUCGUUAAGGAACAACACACGCGAGCACAAUUGCGAUCGUGCCGGAGCGAUGGAUUGGUUUGCGGACGCGGACGCACAAAGCCCUCAGUCAGGUGGCGCAGAUCGUGGCGAGGCACUCUUUUACCUCAGCGUUCGACGGUGUGCAUGGCGUGUCUAUACGGAGAUGGGUCGUCCAAACUGGGGCGAUCUGGUUCACCCUCCACAUCCUCGCGUCCUUCCCCCACAAUUUCUGGUCUCUCUACCCCACCGCCGACCGCGAAUUCCUUCAAGAGCGCAAAGUCUCGCCGACAAUCAUCGAUAUGCUACUUACCUAGCGAUAACGCGCCGUCGUGGUCGCUACGCUCCCCGACUACCACUGCAUUGCCGUCGCUGAGGCGGAGCGCGUCCGUAACACAACCUGCGAGAAGUCCGUCUGCGGCCGGUGACAGACGGAGUCUUGGAUGCUCGGACGAGCUGCAGUCACCGCGGGUAGAUCGUGGACCACUCACUCUCACGGAGAAACACGCGGAUCUAUUGCAAUUCAUCGCGCAGAAGGAAUCCAAAUGCCUUGAGCUGCGCUCACAACUGGCCGUGCACGAGGCCGAGCUCUCACAGCUGAAGCGGAAGUGGGAGCGCAUCGUCAGUCGCGGCAUGGACCGCGCGACCUCCAGCACUCCCAGCUCUUCGGUCGCCAGCCCGCUUUCACCGCUUGACGGUAUCAAGGAGGGCGUACAGGGUGUGGGCCGCCUAAUUCUCGGCGAUGUCUCCUCCCCCACCGCAUCGUCACCAACAGUGCAGUCUGUCGCCGGCUUCACGACGAUGUCGAGUGCAGCCGCACACCGCUCGCGGGGGCAUGCCAACUCUCAGAGCACGUCCUCCGUGUCUACAACAGGUACGACCUCGACGAGCGUGCGUCUCUCCCAGUCGUCAGUAUCGUCGCUCGCUUUCGACGAGCCUCCCCGAGAGCUGGACGAAAAGGGCGAGGAGCGGGAGGAGCCUGGAGAUCUCCCCUGCGAGUGUGUUGCAUGUCGCGAAGCUGCAUCGGCGCAAGUCGCGGGAUAGCGCGCCUCUCCCGGACUCGCCGACGACGCCGAAUGCGGCGUCGUCCACGCCAGCCAGCAAACGCGCAAGUCUGAACUUGUCGUCGGGCCU